AUGAUAAGUGUUUCUCCUUGGAGAAGUUUGGACACCAAAGGGGCUCUACUCAUGUACGCCUUGAGGUCUUGGAAAGCUCGGUUGUAUUCGGCAAUCCAUGUGAUCUGUCGUUUGCUACCCUUGAGAGCUUUAAAGAAGGAAGCGCAUCGAUUGGUUGCCUUAGAUAUGAAUCAGUUCAAGGCGGCGACUCGUCCAGUGAGACUCUAA